AAGGUUAUUUUUUAUAUAAAGCGGAGUUAACUUGUCAGUGUUAUUUCCUUACAGAUUUAUAUAUAGUGGUAAGCUAGACGCAUGAGCUUCUCUUUUUUUGCAAGGUGUGUAAGAGGCUAAGAGCACAUCAAACACGUUCAUAAACUUGCCUUUUUCAUAGAGAAAAGGAGAAGAUGGGUUUACUGCCACUAAUGAAGAAACUAGCUUUCGUCUUUCUUCUUGUUUCAGCUUUUGCUCUCUCUUCUGCAGGCCGACCAUCCAUUCUAAUCUAUAGCCAAGACGACAAUAAUCAGGAGUUGGUGGAAAGAAGGAUACAUGAACAUGAGAGAAUACUGAGGAUGAAUUCAAGAGACUAUGGUCACUUUAGUCCUACACCAAGGCUCGUCAGGCCUCCUUUCAAGCUUAUCCCCAACUGAUCAUGAUUCAUAUUAUGGAGCAACUAUAUAGAUGUCGACUUUGUGAGAUGUAUGAUAUAUAUAUACCUAAAGACUAACACUGCAAGUUAUCAUUUAAGUUUGAAGAUAUGUUAUGUAGUAAGCGAUUCUAUAGUCUUUGAGGUGUGAAAUUGGUGAAAAUGCAUGUUACUUUUCAUCACUACAAUAUAUGGCUUGGUUAUCAUGCAACAUUGCAAUUAAUGGGUGAUAAGUCAUUAAGGAGAUAUAUUCGUUUACUAAGUCACUAUGUAUUUUCAAUUGUUUUUUUUUUUGGAAGCUUCCACUAGAGUUCUAAAUCUCAUGAUUGUUAUAUUGUUGUACCAAAAUAAAUAAACCAUGGAAUAUCUUCUGCUUUAAUAUGCUGAAACACAAAAAUAAACGUCUUGAUAUAAACGUGUAUAUAUAAGCAAUUUAUUCACAAAAAUAUAUAUAUUAAAUAAUAGAUAAAUCUACUCAAAUUGCUUUUAAUGAAUUAUAAAUGUUUUAUAUGAAUUAUGCAAUUUGUUUUAUCAACUAAUUUUGGCGAAAAUCAGUUUCUUUGAAAAUCAGUAUCUUAAUAUAAUUUAACAUCUAAAAGGGAUACACAUUGUUUACGUUCAUCCCUUCCAAA